CUCUGCUUGAAAAGCCACCACCAUGACCGGCGAUGCUGUCAGCGCCACAAAGCGCCCCGGUGCCCCGGCGCGCCCUUCGCAGCUGCACCUUGUCGUCCCGGUGGACCCACUCGCCGGCGGGGGCUGCCUGUCCCCGGCAUCGCCCGGCCCCCCGGGCCUCUCCUUGAUUGAGAAGGCGCGCCGCCAUGCGGCCAGCGCGGCCCCCGGGCCGGCCAGGCCAAAGAGCCCCCUCGCGCCCGCCCCCCCGGCCCACGCCCCCUCGGACAAUGAUCUGCCGGCCGGGCCCCGGCGUGUGGCCCUCACCCGGUCCCACACGACUGGUCUCUCGGAUUUCGGGCCUUCCCUGGGGGCUGACGACAUGGCCCGGCUGGCCGAGGCCCCGGCCGGCGGGGCGGCUCCCCUGCCGGCGGAUGUGGCCAUCCCCCGGACGGCGGCCCUGCACCAGGGCCCGGUCGGGCGCCUGCGUCUCGCCGAUCCGGCCCUCAUGGACGCCUUCUCGCGUUUGACCCGGGCCGACUCGCAGGGCGAUCUCAUCGGCCCGGCCGCCGACCUGACCGCCCUCCCCGGCAUCAGCCUGCCGGUGGGCGAGCUGUCCGAGUUGGAGAACCUCAAGCGCCGCGCGGCCAAGCGCCUGUCCGUCACGCGCCCGGUGUCCGGGCUCUUCCUCGGUCAUGCGCUCGAUCAGCUGCUGGUGGUCGAGUCGCCGCCACCGCCGACAUCUCCCUGCGUGGCCCUGGCCGCCGCCCAGGCUGAGAAGGCCCGGCGGCGGCUGUCCCUCCCCGGGACCAAGCACAUUCCGCUGCCGGCCUUCCCGCCGGACUUCCUGGAGCGCUACGAGAUCGUUCGAGUCUUGGGCUUUGGCGCCUAUGCCGAAGUCUAUGAGGCUGUCGAGCGGACGCCCGAGCGCCGGCGCUUUGCCGUCAAGGUGGUGUUCACCGAUCGCAUUCGCAACCGCCGCCGCCUGGACAACGAGAUCGCCGCCAUGAAGGCCGCCGGCUAUCACCCGGGCAUGAUCUGCCUGCGGGAGACCAUCUCGCAUGGGCGCUUUUUGCUUCUUCGAACGGACCUUGCCCGUGGCGGGACCCUGUUCGAUGUGCUCAUCGACCAUGGCGGCUUCGGCGAGGCGCUCACUUCGCGCAUUAUGCGCAAUCUCUUUGAGGCGGUGGAUUUCAUCCACAAUAUCCCGCUCAUCCAUCGGGAUAUCAAGCUCGAGAAUAUCCUGAUUGCCGACCCGAAUGACCCUUCUUCGAUCCUGCUGUGUGACUUCGGCGUCGUCCGCGCUCUGACCGAUGAGGAGUUUGCCCACUUCCACGCCCAGGGCGAGACGUCCCCCCUGCUGGAGCCGGCCGAGGAGGGCGUGUCCACGCCAAUCAGCGACGAUGCCGAAACCGACACCGAGGAGGAGGAGGAGGAGGAGGAGGACGAAGCGGCCCGCCACCUCGGGCCCGGCGGCAUGGCCGCCAGUGGGCCAGCCACCCGGCUGCCGCUUACGCCGCCCGGGUCGUCGGAGAGCAGUCCGCCCCUGGGAGACAGCCCCCUGGCCGCGGGGCCGGGUCUUGGCGGCGGCGGCGGCGGCAGCGGCAGCCACAGCGACGGCACCCGCUCCGCGUCCGGUCCCCAGGCCGAGGAGGCCCUGCAGCAGGAGCAGCCCCUCCAGGAGGGCCAGUGCCGCUCUGGCAGUGCCCUGGGGCCCGAGGGGGCCGAGGCCCCCUUCGGCGACCAGGUGGUCAUCAUGCGGGGCAAGCAGUCGGCCGCGCGGGCGGCCCGGCGUGCGGCCUAUGCCAAGUCCCAAGUCGGCUCGUUGGAUUACAUGCCGCCGGAGGUUUUCAUUGGCGACCAUGCCCAUGGGCCCCCGUUCGAUGUGUGGUCCUGUGGCGUGGUGCUGUUCAUGAUGCUCUCGCUGACAUCCCCCUUCGGGGAGGACUACGGCCCGGGGGGCUGCUACCACCAGCCCUGCCCCAAGGGCGAGGAUCUGCCCGGGGAGCAGGGCCAGCUCCGGCGCAUCAUCCGCUGCCAAUACCACUAUGGGGCCCCGGCGUGGCGCAUGCGCUCGCCCGAGUCCAUGGACCUCAUUUCGCGGUUACUCGUCAAGGACCCGGCCGAGCGGCUGACCGCCUCCGAGGCUCUCGCGCACCCGUGGAUCACCAACCCCCCGCCCGGUGGCAGCCCUUAA